CAGUCAAUAAUGUUAGCCCGUCAAACGAUUUGUCAAAUAGGUACUAAAGCUAAUUUAGUUUUUACUACCAUCGACAAGGUCGAUCCUGCAAUGAGCACGCAUACGAGAUUCGAGUUCUGAAUAUCUGUCACCGCAUCGUCAUUCAACUAGCACCAUGACUCGAGUUGACACGCGAAGUUCGCGAACUGUUUCGAUCAAAUCCAGUCCGAAAACUGCGAACUUUGGACGAUUUCUGUCUAUUAUCGCACUGACGAUAUUCGUGAGUGUCGUGUAUUUUGUUAUUAAGAUAUCUAGUGAUUCAUUAGGCGACCCGUCUGACCAGUUUGUUGUUAAAAGCAUUCCCGAUAUUUAUUCGAGAUACGAGGGUAUAGAUCCUGAAGAGAGAGAUGUGUUCGAAGGUUUCCGUACGUCGUUCUUGCCCGCAGAAGAAGUUAUCCUUUCGAAAGCGCAAUCGAAAAAUAAAAGAGAAGUUUAUGAUCUGAAUUUGACGAAUGAUAAUUUCUUUUGGGGUAGUUACGAAACUCAGAGAGAAACUUCGAGGAGACUAAAACGAAGGAGCCAGGCUGAUUCGCAAGAGUCCGAUGACAGUGUUGAGAACGAAACCGACGAGGAAUAUGACAUCCAGGCAACCACUGAUCAGUAUGGUGACGAAGAUGAUGAUGAUGAGACAAUUAAAAGCAUAGUUCCUCAGCAGACUCAUGUCGAUCGUGGCCCACUAGAGGAUGUGGUUGAACAGGUUAGAGGUCAACCGGAACUCGAAGAGGAAGAAAUGGGUGUUUCUGCACACGUUUAUAAACCUGUCAAAUCGUAUACUGGUAUUCAUGCCUUUUGGAAAGGUCAAGGCGAUAGGGAAACUAUACGAAGUACACAAUCAAAUAUAAUGAGGCAGUACAUGGACGCCGAGGCGGAUCCAUGUCACGACUUUUACCAGUAUGCCUGUGGGAAUUGGGCUGCUUUAAAUCCAAUACCAGCAGAUAAAGCAGGGUCAGACACGUUUGAAAUGCUUCGCGAGAAUUUAGACACCGUCUUAAAAGAACUAUUGGAAUUUAAGCCGAAUGAAGACGUGCGUAGCGUUUAUCCGGGUUCAAAUUUAGACCCACACUAUACUUUUGUGGAUUGUACUGAUAAUAGUGAAGAAGAAAAAACUUUUAAUCAUAGGGAUCAAGUUUUUGAUACAGAUACCCAAACAAAAAUGAUUACUAAUGGCACGAUAAAUGAGUAUCGCUAUAUUGUAAAUACACAAAAUGAAAAUACUGAAAUCGUAAAACGUUUGAGAAGAUACUUAAAUUCAAAAUCGAAAACAACAUUGAAGCCAUUAUCGAAAGACAUCAUAAAAAAUCACUCCAAAAAAGUAAAGGUUAAACAAAAGAAACAGAGUCAUUCAGACAGAGAAUUAAGAAAAAGGACAUCGAACUUCAAGUUGGAUGAGCCGAGACACCUGAGACUCCAAAGAAAGCUACAAACAUUCAAUCGAUUAUCAAAAAGACGUGAUAAAAGGGCACUUAUGCUCAAAAAAGUUGAGAGAACUCAGGGAAUUAUUAAAAAUAAUGAACCCGCAAAUCACGAUGCUGUUUUAAAGGCCAGAUUUCUGUUUAAGUCUUGCAUGAACUACGAUAUUUUAAAGAAACGUGGACACCAGCCACUCAUAGAUUUAUUGGACUUACUUGGUGGUUGGCCUUUGCUGAAUCCAUAUUGGAAUAGUUCUAAUUUCGAUUGGUUGGAACUGAUGGCAAAAUUGAGACUGUUUAAUAAUGACAUUUUGAUAUCAGAAUGGGUUGGUCCCGACAUAAAAAAUUCUGACGAAUUUGUCAUACAAUUUGACCAAGCAAGCCUAGGUCUACCAACGAGAGACUACUUUCUUCAAGAGGCCAAUAAAGCUUAUUUGAAAGCAUACGAAAAAUAUUUGACGACAGUUGCUUUAUUGUUGGGCGGGGAAAGAAAGCACGUAAAAGAAAAUGUGGAUCAACUUUUAAAUUUUGAAAUAAAAUUAGCAAAGAUAACAUCCGGUCCAGAGGAUAGGAAGAACGUGUCCGAGCUAUAUCGGCGUAUGACUCUUAAGAAACUCGAGGAGUUAGUGCCUCAAGUGGAGUGGAGAAGGUACUUGUGUAUCGUGAUGAAUAGAACUGUGCAUUCUGGCGAGACCGUCGUGUUGUUCGCACUUAGUUACGUUAGGCAUUUAGUUCAAUUGAUAGAGGAGACUGACCCGAGCACGCUAUCAAAUUACCUGCUCUGGAGAUUCGUAAGGCACAGAAUCAACAAUCUAGACGACAGAUUCCAGUCCGCUAAGCAACAAUUUUACUUCACGUUAUUUGGUCGCGAAGAAGCGCCAUCCCGAUGGAAGAACUGCGUUUCUCAGGUCAACUCUAACAUGGGAAUGGCCCUUGGAUCCAUGUUCGUGAAAAAGUACUUCGACGAGAUGAGCAAAAAUGAUACUCUGACGAUGACGAGAGAAAUACAGUUGUCGUUCAAAGAACUGUUGCAUUUGACCGAUUGGAUAGACGAGAAGACAAAGAAAUUAGCUGCUCAUAAAGUGGACGCUAUGUUGCUGAGGAUCGGAUACCCGGAUUUCAUAUUAAACAAGAAUGAACUAGACGAUAGGUAUAAGGAAGUGACCGUGCAUCCUGACAAAUAUUUUGAGAAUAUUCUAAAUAUACUGCAGCAUCUGACGAAGAUGGAACAGUCGCGUAUCGGACAACCGGUAAACAAGACGCUAUGGAAUACCGCACCGGCCGUUGUGAACGCGUACUACAGUCGCAACAAGAACCAAAUAAUGUUCCCGGCGGGAAUACUUCAGCCCCCGUUCUACCAUAGGCACUUCCCUAGGUCGCUGAAUUACGGAGGGAUCGGCGUUGUUAUCGGUCACGAAAUAACCCACGGCUUCGACGACAAAGGUCGACUGUUCGAUUGCGACGGUAACCUGCACAGGUGGUGGUCGGAUUCAGCCAUCGAAUCUUUUCACAGCCGAGCACAAUGCCUCAUUGAUCAAUAUAGUCAUUAUGUCGUGCCCGAAGUCAAUAUGAAACUCGACGGAGUUAAUACACAAGGUGAGAACAUAGCGGACAAUGGCGGUGUCAAACAAGCGUUCCGUGCCUAUUUGCGUUGGGUGAAGCGACACGGCACAGAUGGAGAAACUUUACCGGGCUUAAACCAUACGCACACGCAGCUAUUCUUCUUGAAUUUCGCUCAAGUUUGGUGCGGAGCUAUGCGACCUGAAGCGAUACGUAGCAAGCUGAAGACGGCCGUUCACUCGCCGGGGCGCUUUCGUGUCAUCGGAACUUUAUCAAAUUCCCAUGACUUCGCUAGGGAGUUCAAUUGUCCGCCUGGUUCGCUCAUGAACCCAAAACAGAAGUGCACUGUUUGGUGACGUUAAUAAAGUGCAUUAUCGUUUAA